AUGUUCGCCAUCAGCAAGAUGAUGGCACUCAUCUGCCUCGUCGUAGCGCUGAACUGUGCAACCAUCGGGUACGACGCAAGCAUGAUGUCCUCCCUUAACAUCCUGUCCGAGUUCCAGACGCAGUUUGACAUAGACACAAACCUCAAGGGCCUGUUGACCGCCGCUCAGAACCUUGGCUCGAUCGUCACCGGGUUCUUCGUCGGUGCUCUGGUAGACAAGUAUGGUCGCAAGAUGGGCAUCCUCAUAUCCUCCUGCCUCGUGCUCGUGUCCUGCGUCUUGCACUCCACGGCAACCACCAAGGCGCAGCUCUUUAUCGGACGCAUCAUCGUGGGUAUCGCCAAGUCAGUGGACAUUGCGUCCGUACCGACCUACCUGGUCGAGCUGGCGCCACCCACGCGUCGAGGUUUCGUCGCCGGCCUGUACUGGGCGUGCUGGCUACUCGGUGCCAUCAUAUCCUCCGCUGUCGGCUACGGAGCUCGCAGCAUUGCAGGAUCUUGGUCGUGGCGUCUCAUCUGCAUUUGCAUGGCCGGCCCUGCCCUGUCCUGCAUCAUCUGCCUCUUCUUUAUCCCAGAGUCUCCUCGAUGGCUGAUCGCCCACGGCCGGGAGCAAGAAGGCCUCGGCGUUCUCGCUAGGUUCCACGGAAGGGGAGACGAAUCGCAUCCCUUGGUCACUUCGCAGUUCAGGGAGAUCAAGGAGACGAUUACGUUUGAGCAGGAGAACCGGUUCGAGUCUUACAGGGCCUGGUGGAAGGCUUUCGUCGGGGCCAAGGAAAACCUCUACCGGGGCUUCAUUCUCAUGACCUUGGGCGUAUUCGAGCAGACCAUCGGCUCGAGUAUCAUCACCUUUUACCCUGGCAGUGUCCUCGACCUGGUGGGCAUCACAUCGGAGAAGGAACAGUUCGCCAUCAACGUCAGUCAAAACUGA